CCGCCCUUCCUGCUCCUGCUCCUCCAUUCCUGGCUCCACUUCCUCCCCGAAGCAGGAACCUGGAGGAGGGGUUUGGGGAAAGACGGCGCUCGGGACGCAACAGGCUGCAGGAGCCGCAGGAGCCAGGAGUGAAGCCUCUGUCCUUACCUGGAAGCCCCCUCCAUCCCUCCCUUUCUCUCCCCCUGGCGCUUGCCCUCCAUCCGCCUCCUUUCCUUCUCUGCGUGAGGACGUGUCAAGAGAGAGGAGCGUCGGGCCGCCUCUUUGGCUCGGGGCUCUUUGCUGCGCCAUUCGCCCACAACAUCAAUUAUUCAACCUCUGCCUUCUCCAGAGCCAGGCCAUGCCGGUGGUCGACAAACUCCGCCUGGAAGAGGCACUGCAGGACAGCCCCCAGACCCGCUCAUUACUGAGUGUGUUUGAAGAAGAUGCUGGAACACUUACAGAAUACACCAACCAGUUGCUUCAAGCAAUGCAGCGAGUUUAUGGGGCACAGAAUGAAAUGUGCCUGGCAACUCAACAGCUCUCCAAACAACUUCUUGCAUAUGAAAAACAGAAUUUUGCCCUGGGUAAAGGAGAUGAAGAGGUGAUAUCCACCCUGCAGUACUUUUCAAAAGUUGUGGAUGAGCUGAACGUUCUACAUACUGAACUGGCCAAACAGCUUGCAGACACAAUGGUUCUUCCCAUCAUCCAGUUUCGUGAAAAAGACCUUACAGAAGUAAGUACGUUAAAGGAUCUCUUCAGCCUCGCUAGCAAUGAACAUGAUGUCUCCAUGGCAAAGUAUAGCAGACUGCCCAAAAAAAGAGAGAAUGAAAAGCUAAAGGCAGAUGUUGCAAAAGAAGUAGCCAAUGCCAGGAGGAAGCAGCAUCUGUCAUCCUUGCAGUAUUACUGUGCCUUGAAUGCUUUACAGUACCGCAAGAGAAUUGCCAUGUUGGAACCCAUGCUGGGAUACACACGCUCACAGAUUAAGUUUUUUAAGAAGGGAGCUGAGAUGUUUUCCAAAAAAAUGGACAGCUUUUUGUCUUCUGUUUCAAGCAUGACUCAGAGUGUGCAGGAAGAAUUAGAUGCUGAGGCUGAAGCUAUGCGGGUAUCUCAGCAAGAUCUGCUUUCAGUUGGUGAAUCCGUGUACACGCCCGAUUAUGAUGCGCCUGCGCCUCUUAUCAACAGAAACCUCAUUCAGAAAGCUGGCUACCUUAACCUUAGAAAUAAAACAGGCCUAGUGACUACAACAUGGGACAGGUUGUACUUCUUCACUCAAGGUGGAAACUUGAUGUGUCAGCCCAGAGGAGCAGUAGCCGGGGGACUGAUCCAGGAUCUGGACAACUGCUCUGUGAUGGCAAUCGAUUGUGAGGACAGACGAUACUGCUUUCAGAUCACCACUCCAACAGGAAAACCGGGCAUAACACUUCAGGCAGAAAGCAAGAAAGAAUAUGAAGAGUGGAUCUGCGCAAUCAACAACAUCUCCCGGCAGAUCUAUCUUACAGACAAUCCUGAAGCAGUAGCUAUCAGGUUAAAUCAAACGGCACUACAAGCUGUGACCCCAAUCACAAGUUUUGGAAAGAAACAGGACUCUCUGUCCCCCAGCCAGGAUGUGAAGAACACGGAGAUGCUGAAUGAUAGAACGACUCAUGAACCUGCCAGCAUUCCAGACUCUGCCGAGUUAAUUGCACCUGGAACACCAAUUCAGUUUGAUAUUGUGCUUCCUGCAAUGGAGUUCCUAGACCAGAACAGAGGUGGCAAGCGAGCAAACCCAUUUGGAGAGUCUGAAGAUGACAGAAAAGAUGAUGAGGCUGAUUCACUCUUGAAUCAGAUGUUUGUAGUCCGCUUUUUGGGCUCUAUGGCUGUCAAAUCCGACCAGACUGUUGAGGUGAUCUAUGAAGCAAUGAGACAGGUGUUGGCAGCUCGGGCCAUUCACAACAUCUUCCGUAUGGCUGAAUCCCACCUCUUGGUCACCAGCAAAGACCUGAAAUUAAUAGAUCCCCAGACCCAAGUUACAAGAGCAAACUUUGACCUGGCCAAUGUGACACAGUUUGCUGCUCAUCAAGAAAAUAAGAGGCUGAUUGGUUUUGUGGUUUGUGUCUCGGAGUCUCCUGGUGAAGAUUCAAUGAGCUCUUACGUAUUUGAGAGUAACACUGAGGGUGAAAAGAUUUGCUAUGCAAUAAGUUUGGGGAAGGAAAUCCUUGAAGCUCGGAAGGAUCCAGAAGCAUUAGCUCAGUUAAUGUCAUCUAUGCCACUGACCAAUGAUGGAAAGUUCAUGCUGUUGAAUGACCAUUCAGAAGAGGACAAUGCUGUACAUGGAGAUGGGCAGGAGGAAUCAGAAGCAUAAGUUAUUUUGUUCAGUGGAGGUGUUUGGAAUAGGUUAAAUUCUGUGCUCUUAGCUAUGAUCCAACAUGGAAUGGAUUACCUAGACAGAGCAGGAGAACUGAACAUGGCCUGCACGUUUGGCAUGAUAGAAGGACAAUCUUUGAAAAUUUCCCAACAAUCAACAUUGAGGAAAGCCAUCUGACUACCAGCAAUUUUCAGAUUCAAAGCAUAGAUGAAGCAGAGCUCUUUUUGACAUUCCAAACCCAUCUCUCCAUCAGCCUGCACAUUCAUCUGCUUCAAGUUUCCUAUUGCAGUCAUGGCCUUCAACUGCCUAAAUUAUAUUCAUUUGCUCAUCUGUUUAUUUUUGUGUUAGAUAGGGCAAGGAGUUGCACAAGCCCAGAAAAUUUCAUCCUCUGGUCCCCAGAAAUUCUAGGCAGUGCAUGCACAUUGCAUAUAAUCUACUAAGACCUCAUUAAGUAUUUCUCCCAUUCUAGAAAGAAGGAAUGGAAAUUAGAGGUUCUGAGGCAGCGAAAUUCUUGCACUGUACUAGAGGCCUGGAACACACCCAACCUAAUAAAUCAUUAGUUCCUAUAUAUCUCGAAAGAAAUGCAUUAAAAACUUGCUUUUAGGUUCUGGUAUCAUUUUCUAAGGAACACUAUUUUGAGCUAGAUUGUUAAGCAAACAGUUAUUUCAAAUACUUUCCUAAUAAUAUAUAUUUUUGUACUUUAUCUGAAGUAAGCUUUCAAUAUUAAUCAUAAGUGCCUACUUUUCUGGGGACCAUAGCAUUACCCAGGUAGACCAGAACCUAUGCGUUGAGCCUGUCAGAAGUCUCAGGUGUUCACCAAGCAUCUUCUCUGAGCCAGGUAGACUAUUACUUUUUGCACUGAUCUGUACAGUUGGGUUAGUGCUUCUGCAGGUUCAACAUGAAAAGGGGAUGGCUUUUUAGACUGUCCCGCUAACUUGAAAAGGCUUCUUCAAAACUUACUUCUAGGCAGCCUGUCCUAAGAAGCACUUUUGGGAAGCAAAUUUCAGAGACAUUUUUCUUUCAACAGAGGACCAAUACCAGUAUAAUAUUGUCUAUAGCAGUUUGAUAUUGUUACUUCAUGGCAUCAGCACAAAUUGGGACAUGCCACUGUACUGAUACUUCUAGGUUUUACUAUUUUAAACUGAAGUUACAUGCAAGAAAAGAGCUAGCUCUAAUCCACUUUCCUCAAUUACUCUGGGUUUUUACAAACAUAAUGUGUUUUAAUGGUAACAGCAAGGUCCACCUCUUGCUAUUCUCCAUCUUUUAGCAAUAAUGCUAGAUUAAAAUCUUAUUUCAAGUAAA